AUGACAUCCACCCCCUUAAUUCUCACCCUCACCGUCCUAACCGCAGCAAUCCUCGGCCUCCUCAUCCUCUGGGUAUUCAUCAGCUACACCAAAGACCGGCGCGCCCGCCACACCCGAACCCACUUGCACACCCAAUCCCCUCUCCAACUCGACCAACAAGCUACAUGCGCGGCUGAAAACUACGAGAGCCGCGUGCACCUCCACUGCACAUACCAGCCGUCCGGUACACCGCACGGCGCGGGCCAUGAUGGAAGGGUUGAGUUGCAACAUGUAAAGGACCUGAGAAGAGGGAAUGAGAGGGAGGGAGAUGGGGAGGCGGAUAAGGCGGAGGUUUGGCUGAAGAGGGGGGCUAGUAGGGACGAUCUGAGGAAAGUAUCUGAAGAAGAGAAUGGUUCACUUGGUACGAGGACAGUGAGGGUUUGGGGGAGAGAAGGGGAUGUUGGGGUUUGGGAUAUGACUGGUGGGAGGCCGAAGGGUUUCGAUCGUGAUGACACAGUCGCUGCCGUUCGAGAUUACUACCACUUCCUCGCCAAGAUGUACCUUGCUGAAGACCGUAUUAUGGAGCCACCACCAGGCGGCUGGCCGAACAUCACCCCAGAAACCAUGCGACCUCUGGAAAAGACUGACGAGUUCAAAUUGUGCCGUACGGGGAGACUGCUGUUUAGCCGGAAUACGCAAAUCUCGAGUGUGUUGGUCUGUACGGACGGCGAUGAUGGAGGUGGAGAGGUGUGGGCAGGAGGAGUACCUCCAUAUUGUGUUGGACUGACUAUCGCUGCCCGCGACGACGUCAUUUGCUUCUGGACACCUUUCGAGGCUGCAUCUGGUGGAUGGAGUGUCCCCACGAGAUUGCUUGAAGACGACGGGUUUGGUAUCGAGUUGGAUGACGAACAGACGUCUGAUAAGGAAGACAACGAGUCCCGUACCUCUGGUGAAGAAAGUCUGCCCACGUCCGAUGACGAAGCGCAAGGAGGCUCUGAUGACCAAGUCGACGACGAUGAGGAACAGUUAGGAGAGGAAGAGGAAGAUCUCGGACCGGAAUGGAUACAAGGCUUCUGGUUCCCUCAAUGGGGUAUUCCCGAAUUCUUCGAGAAGAUGAAGAAGCAUUAUCGACAACUCGACUUCGUUCCAAGGAACUCAAAGGAAGUUCUUGAAGGCUGGCCGCGUGAUAGCAAGGAGCCCAUGCUUGUGGGUUUGCUCAAGCCUAUUUAUCGCAAACAUGGCUGGCCUAAUCUGGAACAAUAUCGAAAGGAGGAGUGUAUGAAGGAGAUUGAAGAGGCUUUACGUAAGGCUGGCUCUGGCCGGUACAGUUACGAAUCAGAUUCUUGA